ACUCCGUACCCGACCAAGUCGACAAGAAUCGCAGAGUGUGGUCCAGCGUUUGCGACGGUGGUGUACUGGCACCGACGAAGCCGAGUACGAAGUCAUCCAGGCCGGGGGCCCGCCCCAGGCGGGAAGUGUUGGUGGAUUUCUCGUAGCUCAUGGUGGCGGAGAACAAGCGGCCUCAGAUCAGACAAGACAUUCGGAUGUGUA